GGCGGGAAAUUUAGAUAGAAUAGAGCCACAGUAAAGACGCAGGCGCGUUGCCGGCAAAGAAAUUCGAGAGUCGGACAUUUGAAAAAGCCGGCUGUCAACUGCGCGGUUGUCUCGACGUGAUAAAGUUUUACUGAAGAAGUGCUUAUAAAUCGCGUAACGUUAUCGUGUUUUGAUUUAUUAAAAAAUUGAAUGAACUGAUUCAGAAACUUAAUAAUGUUGAAAAAAUGUAUUAAACACUGUAAUGUGAAGUGAGAAAAACUGUAUUGAAGUCCGAAUCGAGUUUCUGUACGAUUUUUACAGAUAACAACAACAAGGAGAAACGAAGAUAAUUGAAAAAUGGCUUCUUGGGGAAUACUGACACUAAUAUGUGUCGCAUUCAUCUUUGUCGAAGCCCGACGGGUCCAUCAGAAACGUGAAACGAAAACUCACCUCUGCGACCAGAGUAGCACGAGUAAAGUGCAGUGUUUUUGCAUCAAAGACUCCCACCACCACGAUCUAAUACAAAGUGCUGAUUGCUAUCUGAAUGUUGAUGGAGUAUCAAACGACGAUCCAAUAUGGAAGACGUUCAAGGAUUUAGAAAACGCCACAAAAAUAUCACUGAGUAACACUAGAGGAAUUGUCAUUAAAUAUAUUCCUAAAAAUGCAUUCCAACACACGAAAGCAUUAACUAAAAUUGAAGUGAAAUAUGGAAAUGUUGAAGUCAUCGAACCAUAUAGCUUCUCAAAUUCGAGUUCCGUAAAAGGAAUCACGCUUACAGAUAACCAGAUCAAGAUAUUGAAACCAAAUGCGUUCGCUCAUCUUAGACAGUGUAUGACAAUUGGUUUGGAUACAAAUCUGAUAGUCGAAAUCAAUAGAGACGUGUUUAAAGAUUUGCCAUCACUCGAAAAGCUUUAUCUCAAAAGUAACAAGAUAACAACCAUUCACGACAAAGCAUUCGUACAUUUGUCAAACUUGAGGGAACUUGAAAUCGAUCGUAAUAAUUUGUUCAGUUUGAACAGCGAAACGUUUUCGGGAUUGGAAAAGUUGGAGAAGCUUGAUAUGAGUCGUAACAGUUUAGAAGUUAUUGGCGAUAACACAUUUGCGCCGGUGAAAAAUUUACGUAUCCUAAAUUUAGAAGGGAAUAAAAUUCAAAUGCUCGACGAAAAAGCUUUUAACGGACUUGCUAAGUUACAGUUUUUAAGCUUAGCUCAUAAUGCUCUAUCAGAUAUUGAUAAUGUUAAGACGUUUGAAGCAUUACAAUCAUUGGUACAGUUGAAUUUGAAAGGCAAUAAACUUCAAGUAUUAAAAGCCGAAGUGAUGAACCCCAUACUGGAUAACUUUUAUAAUAAUAUUAGCAGCUUGAACGUUGAAGAUAACAACUUCUCGUGCAAUUGCCGCCUCGAUUGGUUUGUGACUCUACUGAAUAAAACACAAAGCGCUAAUCUCAAGUUAUCUAUAGAAAACUUAAAAUGCACACCCAGUGCGGAGCUUAAAGAUAAAUGGGUCAAAGCUAUGGAGUCUGAUAAAGCUCCAGAACAGGAUGCAGAUGACGUUGAUCCUAACGGAGCUGGUGGGGAUUACGAAUACUAUGACGAAUCACAGUUGAACGGACAACUAUUCUAUACAGAUCUACGACAACUUCUGAAUUGCGAUACAAUCACAAGCGAUAUGUCCAUAUUAACAACAAGAGCGACAUUGACAAGUCUUAUUCCCAUUACAAACGAAGUUGCAGAAAUUAUGAAAGUCCACACAACAAAAACUAUUCCAUCAAUGACAGAUAGACCGAUGGAAUUAUCGGCUGCAACACUCAAAGUAACUAACAAAGGCCUUUUGGAUUUAUCACUUGAUUCUACAACUAUUGGAGUGGAGAAACCAGAGGAAAAGGAUAAUGAAAUCUUUGAAAAUAAAGAUAAAAGGCAAAAUUCGUAUACAACGACUCGCUUGGCAACAGUUUCAGCUAAGCCUUUAGAAAACAAAGUAUUUUACGAUCAUCACAUGGCAUCAGAUGAGGCGCAACCAGAAAAAAAAGCACAAAGAAGCGUCGAUGUCGCGGAACCACGAGAUCAUUCGAAGAGUAACUCCUGUAGAAACUUUGUAAGCUAUAUCUUUAUGAUUGCAAUGUUAUGUAUUAGACAUAUCUUUUAAACCAAGGUAAUUUAAGUAAGUUAUUUAAAAAUAAAUUACUCUAAUAUUAACUAUCGCAGUCAUUAAUAUAAUAAAUAAUUAAGUUUAAGAUAA